UUAAACGCCUAUGGGCGGUUACGUGCCCACUCCACAACGUUUGAACUUUAUUCAUGUACAUCCGAAUAAUCAACGGAAUGACAGCUGCCAUGGGCCGAUGAUGCAUGGCGGGACAACGCAUCAUUGGUUUAGGGGCCCAUAGUUUGGGCUUCCGCGUGCUCUUGCCGUGAUCGUCCCAGACCCACGGCUCUGGAAAGCUGAAGAAUGGUUGUUGACAAAGAGUUAUAAAUCACAGAGGAGCCCGAGGCAUGUCUCUCCUUUGCCAGAGCAGAUUCUCGCAGACACAGGUCCAACACCAAAACCUCAUUCUGAAGUCACAAACUGGAUAUUGGUUGCAGUGUCCGUACUUGAAAAUCAAUUAUCACUAUGCAGCCUAACGGAGUGAAUGGCACUACAACAAAUGGCGUGUCCGAAGGAAAGCCACUGGACCUUGUCGUUCUGGGCUUAAACAGUGGGACAUCGAUGGAUGGCAUAGACUGUACCCUUUGUCAUUUUUUCCAGGAGUACCCAGACGCUCCAAUGCAUUUCGAGCUUCUCAAGUACGAUGAGAUACCACUCGAGCCGAAGAUAAAGAAGCGUGUUAUGGAAGUCAUCCUGCACGAUCAGACCUCUGCGUCAAACCUAUCCGAGAUCAACAUCCUACUCGGCGAAACCUUCGCCCAAGCCGCUGAGCAGUUUUGCCGCGAACAGAACAUUGAUCAGAAAUGCAUCGACGUAAUCGGCUCACAUGGUCAGACCAUCUGGCUGCUCUCGAUGCCGGAGGCCGGGCAGGUGAAGAGCGCACUCACCAUGGCCGAGGGCGCCUUUCUGGCCUCCAGAACCGGCAUUACGUCCGUCACCGACUUCCGCGUCUCGGACCAAGCAGCUGGGCGGCAGGGCGCGCCUCUGAUUGCUUUCUUCGACGCGCUGCUCCUGCAUCACCCGACCAAGCUGCGAGCGUGCCAGAACAUCGGCGGCAUCGCCAACGUGUGCUUCAUCCCGCCGGACAACGCGGGAGGGGUCAGCGAGACGUACGACUUCGACACGGGGCCAGGCAACGUCUUCAUCGACGCCGUGGUGCGGUACUACACGCAGGGGGAGCGCGAGUACGACAAAGACGGCGAGAUGGGCAAGCGCGGCACAGUCAACCAGCAGCUGGUCGACGAGUUCCUGCAGCACGCGUACUUCAAGCUGGACCCGCCCAAGACGACGGGGCGCGAGGUGUUCCGCGACACGCUGGCGCUGGAGCUCAUUGCAAAGGCCGAGGCCGCGGGCAUGACGCCUGAUGAUGUCGUUGCGACGGUGACGCGCAUCUCCGCCCAGGCCAUUGUGGAUCACUACCGGCGGUACGCGCCCAAGGGCAUGGAAAUUGCAGAGAUCUUCAUGUGCGGCGGCGGCGCCUACAACCCCAACAUCAUGGAUUAUAUUCAAAGGCACUACCCGCGCACGCGCAUCAUGAUACUCGACGAGGCGGGCAUCCCGGCCGGCGCCAAGGAGUCCAUCACGUUCGCGUGGCAGGCUAUGGAGGCCAUUGUCGGGCGCAGCAUCCCCGUGCCGACGCGGGUCGAGACGCGGCGGGAAUACGUGCUGGGGAAGGUGUCGCCCGGUGAGAACUAUCGCGAGGUCAUGCGGAAGGGCAUGCUCUUCGGCGGCCCCGCGACCCACCUGCGCCCGGUCAAACAUAUGAUCAACUACGUCAACGGGAAGCCGUUCGACAAUAAGUGGUAAGUGGUCUCUGAUGGCGAGCGGCGCCAAGCCAGGCCAACAGGUUUUUGCAAGCCGUGAGAGCAUGGCUGGUUCGGUGCCUGGGUGUUGGAAAGCGGUGGUGUUGGGUCUUGGGUGGGUUGGGGCAGCUUAGAUUUUUUUUUUUUUUUUCCUCUCGUGAGUUGUCUUGGUUCUAUAAAAGCUUUCGCUAAGACAGAGUCGCAAAUUUCUUUCUCUCUUGGUAUCGUCCUAUGUCUCGCCACUCAAGAUAAUUUCCUACAGAACACAUCUCCAAUUCAAAAUCUAAAAAAGAAGACAAACAAUAA